CCAAUCGAUUCUGAUCACAUGGUCUCAUCGGUCUGGCCGUCGAGUUUACUUGAAUCCGGCCGACGACAGAAAGUUCGGCCCCGAGACGACCCGAUUGUCGCGCAGGGGUGAAUGACAGCACCCCUCGAACCCUGACCGGUUGCUGCGCGUCCGAGGGUCGAGGCCGGAACGAGCUGAGAGCAAUGGAGUGAGAGUGAGCGGCGAAAUAUGUUCCUGUCGUUGUUCUACGCGGCCGCCACCUGGGUCCAGUCGUCCAGACUCGCUGACCUGCACUCGCGAAUUCUGCAAAUCACUGCCCAGAACGGUAGUGUGGUGCUCUACAAAGUCCCCGACCUUUGCCGCACUGACGCCGCCGACGGUGGAGGGGUGGACGUGCCAACUGUGACCUCGAGGUUCUGCGAAAACAACGACUGCGCCAAGUUGGGCGACCUGCUAUGGAGCUACCGGUCCAAAAGACUCUGCUCCGUCUUUCCAAAACAAUCCAUUCCUGUAAGUCGAUGGAUCAAGUUCUCGGUGGAGGGCGGCGAGUUCCCUAUCUCUGUGGGGUGCGAGGAGCUGGUGCUGGGGGAGGAGCGGCUGCUGGUGCUGGUCGAGGCCGACUACCAGUUCACGGCCGGCCAGCACUGCCUCGAGGCCGAGUUCGUCAAGCUGGAAAAGUUCGGCUUGCUGCGCGCGUGGAAGGCGGGCGAGUUUUUCGGAAUCCUGCUCGAGUCCGACGCGAAUCACCUGACCCGCCUGGGCCUCAGCUUCAUGCAAAACACUCUCAGUCUGGACGACGGCAUGGAAGUUUUGAGAAUCCAGACCGUUGACGUACUGGGCAAGCCGUGUCCUUUGCUGAACGCCGACUCCAUUCCUGCGCCCCGCUCUCUUCCACUGGGAGGAGAAACUAGUGCUGAAGCUGAGCAGACGGACGCAGACUUUUCGAUCGAAUCUAUGGCAGGCCUUCUGAUGUCCCCUAUUCAGUGGAGGUCACACGUAGACCUGCUUCGGAGCUUCAGCGCCGCAGUUGAUGAGGCAGAUGGGUCAAUGGGGUUGAUGCUGAGUGCCGACCGCGUGCCCAACCUUGUGCCCGUCGAUGCCCCCACACCCCCCAGCUCGCCCCGAAACGGCUCCAUCCCCACCAGCGAAGAGGCCAAAGUUGUGAUGGAGGAGAAAAAAUUGGUGCCCACUUUGAACGGGGUGAAUGAAACGGCGGACAGGGGUAGUGUGGUGUCCGGCGUCACGUCCCACUCGGACAGUUUCUACUCGUGCGCCAGCCAAGACAUGGGCAGGCUGACCGAGAGUCUCGAGCAGCUCAACAAGGCCCUCGCCUCCAUCACCGACGAGCCCCCUGAGGAACCCACACCCCUCCCUCCCCUCAGGUCAAACUCGAUAAGCAAAUUUUCCACCCUGUCUAAGCCCGCCUUCAAAGGGUCGACGGCCAGCCUGCCCUCCCCCACCCCCAAGUCGCGCUCCCCCUCUACGCCCCUCAAGUGCCCCAACGUGCUCAUCUACUGCGACAAUACCGACGUGUACGAAAGCAUCAAGGCGCUGCUCAGGCAGACGCUCAAGAAGUACAGGUACACCAUGUACAACGUGAACGCCGAGCAGAUGAAAAGCAGCGCGUGGCUCAAGUCGACGGCCCUGGUCGUUGUGCACGGCAACGUCCCUGAAAAACUGGCCCCACUCCUCAUCUCCUACCUAGUCACAGGGGGCAAGGUCUUGUGCAUCGCCUCGAGCAUGAUUUUCGUGCCGUUCCCCGAACUGCGCUCAGUGCCGGUGCAGCCGGACCAACUGGCCUCAUUUUCCUACCAGAAGUGGAAACAGACCAGACUGCUGCACCAGAUCUUCACAAAGCCGCCGAGCUUGCCACCCAGUCUGGAGGUCAAAGACAACGCCGGAUUUUCCCACAAGCUCAACGUCACGAUUUUGAGCACCGAGGACAAGUCUGAUUCGCCUAGUCUGCUCGUGGCCAGCAUGGUCGGAUCCGGCGGCAAAUUGCUCUUCUCGCAAGUGCAUUUGGAGGUUGAGGCAAAGAGUCGGCAGAACUCGAACGCGGCCGUGUUUGCGCCUCUGAAGGAAAACGAUUCCAUUCGAGUUGAGAUCGCUCGGGACCUGCUUUCGGGCCAGCUGGGCCUCGAGUGCGCCGCCGAGGGCAAGGAGGACGCGCACACCGCCGCCUUCUUCCUCGGCAAACACGAGUGCAAAAUGGAGUUUUUCGCGCAAGUCAAGGCCGAGGGCAACGUCCUGCAGAGGGACGCGCUCAGGCUCGAGUUCUGUGGAAAGGGCGUGGCCGCCGGCGCCGCCUCGGACACGGUGCUGCCCUGCUACCUGCACACCUGUCCGCCCCACUUCAACACCGUCGAAUACUUUGACACGCUUGAAACGGAGCACCUGGGGCGGCUGCUCAUCUACUCGGACGUCAUGUCCUCGUCGAUGGACGUGCUGAACGGCGGCCCCCUGUGGCACGGACUGGCCGCUGUGCCCAGGGUCCAGCUCAAGGGCAAAGGUCGCAGCAAGAACGAGUGGCUGAGUCCCGAGGGCUGCGCCAUGUUUUCCCUGCAGCUGCACUUCCCUACCAGUUCCGUGCUUGGACAAAAAGUGUCCUUGGUCCAGCACAUCGCUGCCCUGGCCGUGUGCGUGGCCGUCAGGGAGGCGCCAGGAUUUGAGGACGUCGACCUGCGGCUCAAGUGGCCCAACGACAUUUACGCGGGCGACUACGCCAAGCUGGGCGGCCUGAUCGCCACCUCGAGCUUCCAGGGUGACCAGGUCGUGUGCAACAUUGGCCUAGGCUUCAACCUGACCAACUCGGAGCCGACCACUUGUCUGCAGGACCUGCUGCUCGAACUCAAGGCCAAGACGGCGCCCAUGUCCCUGGAGAGGUUCCUGGCCUUGACCUUCAACCGGCUCGAGGCUCUGAUCGACCUCGCGCAGACCUCCGAGCAAGGCCUUGAUGAGAUCAUGACCUUCUACCACGCCUACUGGCUCCACAGCAACUCUGAGGUGACUGUGCAGACGGAGGACGGGAAGGAGCAGCGAGUGACAGUCCAGGGCCUGGACGCGUUCGGGUACUUGGCGGUGAGGGGUGCAGACGGCACCCAGUUCAGCGUCCACCCCGACGGAAACUCGUUCGACAUGCUGCAGGGCCUGAUCAGGCCCAAGGAUUGAUAGAUUUUGUUCUCAUUAGACUAGGAUUGAAAUAAGUCAUCACGGCAGUUGAUUUUGGUGCCUUUUAUUGUAACCUGUUGAAAUAUUUAUCCUCUUGUUGAUUUGAAAUUAUGCCAAAGUUUACUCUCAUUCCAGUACAGUUGCAAAAUAAAAUGUGUUUAGAGACCAAC